GUGUUCCUGGUGGGGAACAAAUCAUACAUUCUCUCCCUAGUUCUUCUCGUUUGGGUUACAGAUAGGGAUGGGGGAAGGGAGGACGCGAACAGGCAAGGGGCGUUCUCUCUAAUCGGUCUCUUGCUCGACUUCCGGUGGCAUUUCGAAUCUACAGACCGGUGGGGGCACCUACGAUUGCAUCUUUGCUGUUUUAGCAACAACUGUGCUAAUCGAAGUGGUUAAGGGAUCUUCCCAACCCAGGGAUCGAACUCAGGUCUCCUGCGUUGCAGGCAGAUGCUUUACCAUUUGAGCCACCAGGGAAGCCCGUGUAGUGCACUAGUGAGGCUCGUUUUUGAACUUCUCUCAAUAAACUCUGAGAAAGUAACAGUGUUUCCUGAAACCAUCAAGAAAGAAAAUGUCGGUGACAUUGCAUACAGAUGUAGGUGAUAUUAAAAUAGAAGUCUUCUGUGAAAGGACACCCAAAACAUGUGAAAAUUUCUUGGCUCUUUGUGCCAGUAAUUACUACAAUGGCUGUAUAUUUCAUAGAAAUAUCAAGGGUUUCAUGGUUCAAACGGGAGAUCCAACAGGUACUGGAAGGGGAGGUAACAGUAUCUGGGGCAAGAAGUUUGAAGACGAAUAUAGUGAAUAUCUUAAGCACAAUGUUAGAGGUGUUGUAUCUAUGGCUAAUAAUGGCCCAAAUACUAAUGGAUCUCAGUUUUUCAUCACCUAUGGGAAGCAGCCACAUCUGGAUAUGAAAUACACAGUAUUUGGCAAGGUGAUAGAUGGUCUGGAGACUCUAGAUGAACUGGAGAAGUUACCUGUAAAUGAGAAGACAUAUCGACCUCUUAAUGAUGUACACAUUAAGGACAUAACUAUUCAUGCCAACCCAUUUGCUCAGUAACUAUAAUAGACCUGGACAGAUACUUGGCAGACUCUUCAGGGAACACACCUAUUAUGGUUCACUCAGUUUUAAUUAUGUCAAAGAUUGCAGCUUUGUUUACAACUAAGAUCUUCUGUGAGGUGCUGGUACCAAGAAGGGACAAACAGUGUUUAGUCCUAUUUUUAGAGCAUAUUCUAUGACUAUUAUCUAAUGCAUUUCUUCAAUUAAAAAAAAAAAAAACCUGUGUUUAACUUUGUA